GUGUAGGGGGCUCUUCGUGGGGAGGAAGGAGCUGCAUGGGGGAUAGCAUGUUUAAUAGUUGAGGCACCUGGUGGCCUUUUGGGAGGUGCUGGGGUGCUUUGGCCUGUGGUGUUGCUCUGUCUUUGGUGUCCAUGAGAACCAAUGAGGCGUUCAAUGUUUUCAUUGUUGGCAGCAUUGGGGAUGGAGGCUCCCACUCCUCUUCCGAGCCUGCAGCCAGCCUGGACCCAGAGGUGACUGAACCAAGGAGGCAUUCGCAGGAUGUCCAGGAGCUAGGAGGUUCCCAAUGGCCCUGCUCGCCACCACCCUGGGAGCAGCAGCGCCCCUUGGCCUCCAUGCCCUUUGCUGAGGACCCCCCAGCAGCCCACCUGGCCAGCCCAGCAGCAGCCGGUGAAGAUGGGCCCCUCCUCCAAGGCCCGAGAAGGGAAUCUUCCCCAGAUGCCCCAGAGGACACCGUGACAGUGUUUUCCCCCGUGGGGGGCAGCCCUACUUGGCACAGUGUGGCUGCUACCACCUCCAGUGAUGGAAGAGAGAAAGAGCUGAAGGAAGAGGAACAGGGUUCUCCCUCCUCGGGUUGCAUUGACCAGAAGCCAGGAAUCUCACCAGUGCAUCCCAAGGAGCCCAUGAAGGGACUGCUGUGUGGAGAGGGAGACCAGCCUAGUGGCUUAGGGUCCUCAGGGAAAGAGGCUGCAGGUGGCAUUUCCUCCCCAGAGUCCAGGUUGGGGGUAGAUUCUGUACAAGGAGCCCCCCAGGCCCCCACUGCAGCCCAGCCAGGCAAAGAGAAUUCAGUGGGCACGGAGAACCUCCCCUUCAAACAGGAGACCCCAAUCCCACCGGACCUCGCCCCGAGAGCUGUAGACAGAGAAAAAUGCCAAGUAGAGAUGCUGCCUCAGGCUUCAGUCAAUGACUCAGAUUUCCUCAGGGCCUGCAGUUCUGCUCCCAGGGACUCUGAGGCCCCCCAGGGAGCUGAGGCGAAUGCUGCUUGCCAGGAAGGCUGCCAGCAGGAAAUGAGGGUGCCCCUGCCACCCGCGGAAGGGGCUACCCUGGCGACAGGGGCUGGGGCCUCUUGGAAGGAGACUGUGGAUACCAGCUAUGCUCAGAGUCCUGCGAAGACAGGAGCACCAGGGAUGCAACCUGGUGACAGCAUCUGUGUGGCAGCAGGUCGCCAGCCCGAAGGGGGCUUGCUUGUGAGCCCUGAGCCUUCUCCAGGUGCUCCAACUGGGGCCACUCUUCCCUCCUUGAGCCACUCUUCUCCUCCCGGCGCUCAGGCCCCUGCAGCUGUGGAGGAGCCAGGCUGGCCGGCCCAGGAGGCAGGGUCCGCUCAGGCCCCUGCAGCAGCGGAGGAGCCAGGGUGGCCGGCCCAGGACGCAGGGUCCGCUCAGGCCCCUGCAGCUGCGGAGAAGCCAGGGUGGCCAGCCCAGGACGCAGGGUCCGCUCAGGCCCCUGCAGCAGCGGAGGAGCCAGGGUGGCCGGCCCAGGAGGUAGGGUCUACUCAGGCCCCUGCAGCAACGGAGGAGCCAGGCUGGCCAGCCCAGGAGGCAGGGUCUGCUCAGGCCCCUGCGGCUGUGGAGGAGCCAAGGUGGUUGGCCCAGGAGGCAGGGUCCGCUCAGGCCCCUGCAGCAGCGGAGGAGCCAGGGUGGCCGGCCCAGGAGGCAUGGUCCGCUCAGGCCCCUGCAGCAGCAGAGGAGCAAGGCUGGCCAGCCCAGGAGGCAGGGUCCACUCAGGCCCCUGCCGCUGUGGAGGAGCCAAGCUGGCUGGCCCAGGAGGCAGGGUCCGCUCAGGCCCCUGCAGCAGCGGAGGAGCCAGGGUGGCCGGCCCAGGAGGUAGGGUCUACUCAGGCCCCUGCAGCAACGGAGGAGCCAGGCUGGCCAGCCCAGGAGGCAGGGUCUGCUCAGGCCCCUGCGGCUGUGGAGGAGCCAAGGUGGUUGGCCCAGGAGGCAGGGUCCGCUCAGGCCCCUGCAGCAGCGGAGGAGCCAGGGUGGCCGGCCCAGGAGGCAUGGUCCGCUCAGGCCCCUGCAGCAGCAGAGGAGCAAGGCUGGCCAGCCCAGGAGGCAGGGUCCACUCAGGCCCCUGCCGCUGUGGAGGAGCCAAGCUGGCUGGCCCAGGAGGCAGGGUCCGCUCAGGCCCCUGCAGCAGCGGAGGAGCGAGGGUGGCCGGCCCAGGAGGCAGGGUCCACUCAGGCCCCUGCAGCAGCGGAGGAGCCAGGGUGGCCGGCCCAGGACGCAGGGUCCGCUCAGGCCCCUGCAGCAGCGGAGGAGCAAGGCUGGCCGGCCCAGGAGGCAGGGUCCACUCAGGCCCCUGUAGCAGCCAAGGAGCCAAGGUGGCCGGCCCAGGAGGCAGGGUCUCCUCAGUCCCCUGCAGCUGUGGAGGAGCCAGGGUGGUUGGCCCAGGAGGCAGGGUCCACUCAGGCCCCUGCAGCAGCGGAGGAGCCAGGCUGGCCAGCCCAGGAGGCAGGGUCCGCUCAGGCCCCUGCAGCAGUGGAGGAGCAAGGCUGGCCUGCCCAGGAGGCAGGGUCCGCUCAGGCCACUGCAGCAGCGGAGGAGCCAAGGUGGCCGGCCCAGGACGCAGGGUCUGCUCAGGCCCCUGCAGCAGCGGAGGAGCCAGGGUGGUUGGCCCAGGAGACAGGGUCCGCUCAGGCCCCUGCCGCUGCGGAGGAGCCAGGGUGGCUGGCCCAGGAGGCAGGGUCUAUUCAGGCCCCUGCAGCUGUGGAGGAGCCAGGGAGGUUGGCCCAGGAGGCAGGGUCCGCUCAGGCCCCUGGAGCUGCGGAGGAGCCAGGGUGGCCGGCCCAGGAGGUAGGGUCCGCUCAGGCCCCUGCAGCAGCGGAGGAACAAGGCUGGCCAGCCCAGGAGGCAGGGUCCGCUCAGGCCCCUGCAGCUGCAGAGGAGCCAGGGUGGCUGGCCCAGGAGGCCGGGUCCACUCAGGCCCCUGCAGCUGUGGAGGAGCCAGGAUGGCCGGCCCAGGAGGCAGGGUCCACUCAGGCCCCUGCAGCAGCGGAGGAGCCAGAGUGGCCGGCCCAGGACGCAGGGUCCGCUCAGGCCCCUGCAGCAGCAGAGGAGCAAGGCUGGCCAGCCCAGGAGGCAGGGUCCGCUCAGGCCCCUGCAGCUGCAGAGGAGCCAGGGUGGCCGGCCCAGGAGGCAGGGUCCACUCAGGCUCCUGUAGCAGCCAAGGAGCCAAGGUGGCCGGCCCAGGAGGCAGGGUCUCCUCAGUCCCCUGCAGCUGUGGAGGAGCCAGGGUGGUUGGCCCAGGAGGCAGGGUCCACUCAGGCCCCUGCAGCAGCGGAGGAGCCAGGCUGGCCAGCCCAGGAGGCAGGGUCCGCUCAGGCCCCUGCAGCAGUGGAGGAGCAAGGCUGGCCUGCCCAGGAGGCAGGGUCCGCUCAGGCCACUGCAGCAGCGGAGGAGCCAAGGUGGCCGGCCCAGGACGCAGGGUCUGCUCAGGCCCCUGCAGCAGCGGAGGAGCCAGGGUGGCUGGCCCAGGAGGCAGGGUCUAUUCAGGCCCCUGCAGCUGUGGAGGAGCCAGGGAGGUUGGCCCAGGAGGCAGGGUCCGCUCAGGCCCCUGGAGCUGCGGAGGAGCCAGGGUGGCCGGCCCAGGAGGUAGGGUCCGCUCAGGCCCCUGCAGCAGCGGAGGAACAAGGCUGGCCAGCCCAGGAGGCAGGGUCCGCUCAGGCCCCUGCAGCUGCAGAGGAGCCAGGGUGGCCGGCCCAGGAGGCCGGGUCCACUCAGGCCCCUGCAGCUGCGGAGGAGCCAGGGUGGUUGGCCCAGGAGGCAGGGUCCGCUCAGGCCCCUGCAGCAGCGGAGGAGCCAGGGUGGCCGGCCCAGGAGGCAGGGUCCGCUCAGGCCACUGCAGCAGCGGAGGAGCAAGGCUGGCCAGCCCAGGAGGCAGGGUCCGCUCAGGCCACUGCAGCAGCGGAGGAGCCAGGGUGGUUGGCCCAGGAGGCAGGGUCCGCUCAGGCCCCUGCAGCAGCGGAGGAACAAGGCUGGCCAGCCCAGGAGGCAGGGUCCGCUCAGGCCCCUGCAGCUGCAGAGGAGCCAGGGUGGCCGGCCCAGGAGGCCAGGUCCACUCAGGCCCCUGCAGCUGUGGAGGAGCCAGGGUGGUUGGCCCAGGAGGCAGAGUCCGCUCAGGCCCCUGCAGCAGCGGAGGAGCCAGGGUGGUUGGCCCAGGAGGCAGGGUCCGCUCAGGCCCCUGCAGCAGCGGAGGAGCCAGGGUGGUUGGCCCAGGAGGCAGGGUCCGCUCAGGCCCCUGCAGCAGCGGAGGAACAAGGCUGGCCAGCCCAGGAGGCAGGGUCCGCUCAGGCCCCUGCAGCUGCAGAGGAGCCAGGGUGGCCGGCCCAGGAGGCCGGGUCCACUCAGGCCCCUGCAGCUGUGGAGGAGCCAGGGUGGUUGGCCCAGGAGGCAGGGUCCGCUCAGGCCCCUGAUGCUGCGGAGGAGCCAGGGUGGCCGGCCCAGGAGGCAGGGUCCGCUCAGGCCCCUGCAGCAGCGGAGGAGCAAGGCUGGCCAGCCCAGGAGGCAGGGUCCGCUCAGGCCACUGCAGCAGCGGAGGAGCCAGGGUGGCCGGCCCAGGAGGCAGGGUCUAUUCAGGCCCCUGCAGCUGUGGAGGAGCCAGGAAGGUUGGCCCAGGAGGCAGGGUCCGCUCAGGCCCCUGGAGCUGCGGAGGAGCCAGGGUGGCCAGCCCAGGAGGCAGGGUCUGCUCAGGCCCCUGCAGCAGUGGAGGAGCCAGGGUGGACCAUCCAGGAGGCAGGGUCUGCUCAGGCCCCUGCAGCAGCGGAGGAACAAGGCUGGCCGGCCCAGGAGGCAGGGUCCGCUCAGGCCCCUGCAGCUGCAGAGGAGCCAGGGUGGCCGGCCCAGGAGGCAGGGUCCACUCAGGCCCCUGCAGCUGUGGAGGAGCCAGGGUGGCUGGCCCAGGAGGCAGGGUCCACUCAGGCCCCUGCAGCAGCGGAGGAGCAAGGCUGGCCAGCCCAGGAGGCAGGAUUCGGCGCUGAAACGGCAGCUCCCCUAGAUUUUGUCCAAGAGCUGGCAGAGGGAGGGUUGAUGGGCCUGGAGAAGUGUGUGCCAGACCUCAGAAGUAGGGGAGAGGGACCUGAAGGGGGCCCCAGGGUGGUCCCUGCCCCUUCCCUUGUGGAGGAGAGUGGGCAGCUCUCAAGUGGGGAGCAAACACACCAAGUCCAACAGGAAGUGCUACGCCCUCCCUCUCCCAAUGCCUCAGAUCAAAGCGACAUACCCGUGCUGCAGGACAGGGCCGAGGCCCCUGAGGGUGCCGCAAGCCCAGCUAUGGCCAAACAGGAGUGCAGACUACCUGGAGGUGACCCUGGAGGACAGGGAGAAGCCCCACAGCACCCCAACAGUGCCACUACCAGGACCCAUCAGCGAAAGGAGUCCCAGGCCUUUGGCUGUAAGCCUGGCCCAGAGGUGGACAAAGAGAAGGCCUCUGAGAUAACGGUGGAUGCAGACAGCAAAGUCCUUCCCAGCAUGCAGCCCUCACCGCCACGCCAGAAGGAGGGGCCUGGGUGCCUAGACAGCCCUAGCUCUCAGCCAGAAGACCCAGCUCUGGGCUUGGAGGCCUGUGGGGUGGCGGGGGACAUCAGCCUGGCUGGUGCCUCCAGCUCCCUGCACAGGCUCCGUGAGCAGGAGCCCGUCCUGCCCCCUCAGCCAGAUGGGGCUGGUGACCAUGCUGUUCCUGAAGGAGCUGUCUGGAAGGGGCCCGGCCUGCAGACCAAAUGUCCUGACCCCCUCCAGGUAAGGGGCGGGCUGGGUGUAAUGGAGCCUCUUCCUGCUUUGGCAUCUGAGAGAUCAGAUCUCCUGUCAACUCCUGCGGCUGAGGUGGGACCCAGAGCCCAAGAAAUGGAGAGUCCAUCUGAAAUAAAGAUGCCCAGCUCCCCAUCCAUAGUGUGUCCAGGUGGCUGUGAUGGUGAAGGCCUGCUGAUAUCCCUGAGCCAGGCCCCUGGACUGGAGCGUGAUCCAGCUGAGCAGGAAGGCCACGCUGAUGUGCCCCACCACCCGGAGGAAGGGGAGACCUUGACAGCAGACAGUGGGCCCACGACCCUCAGCCUGAAGCCCGACCAGCAGGGAAACCUGCCCUGCCCAGGUGAUGGCUGGGUAGCAGUAGCUCCAUCCACAAGGCCCUCACUGUCAUCUGAGACCAGUCUCCAACCAUCCCAGUCUGACUCAGAAACAUCCACCUUUGACAUGCUCAGGGUGAAGACCCUACCAGCUGAAGGUGGGAACGAGACUCAGCUAGUUGGUGCAGGAUUCAAGAACCAGGACACAGGUUCUCUCCAAGUGCAUGGACCUGUGGAACCCAGCAGGGAUGAGCGCUCACCCCCUCAGAGAGAACAGGGGCCGGCUUCCAGAUCAGAAAUUCAAAGUGAGCUCCCCAAAGACAAUCUGGUUGAUCCUCCAAGACCAUCUCCUAGGGGCACUGUUCCGGAAAGCUCUCUGACAGAGGGCCUGGAGUUGUCAGCCCCCAGAAGACCAGAGCUGCCUCCACUGAGGGAGAAUGAGCUAGCGGGUGCGUGCGGUGGUGGUCAGCCCUCGGGGGUCUCACCUCAGGCGGCAGAAGCCUUCCAAGUCUCCUCUCUUGCAGGUACCUUGAGCAGAGAGGAAAGUUGCUGUGCUGAGCAGGGCCUUAGCAAGCCCCAACAGGUGCUGGCUGGCGCUCGGAGAGCAGGCAGGCAGCAUGAAGAAGCUUGUCCAGGGGACGGUGUUUCUGACGCAGAUGCACAGCCCCCGCCCCAGGGCUCAGGUCAGAUGGCACGUGGGAGUGCAGCGGGGGCCCCGCCCUGCAGUGCACACUCAGUCCCUCUCCUGGGUGCAGUGCACAGCCCGCCAGCCCCUGCACCAGGCAGCACCAGAGUCACAUCUGCCCAGGAUGCUCCUGAGAGGGAGGUGUGUGGUGACACCGCAGCAGGGAAGCAGCAAGCAGUGCCAGUCCUGCCAGGGGAGAUGGAGCAGCCCACCAUCUCAGAUGCAGAGCCCCCUAAACUUCUCGGAAGUGUCCCAUCGACCGAGGAGCAAGGCUGUGAAGGUGUGGCUGUUAUAACAGGUGGGCAGGUUGAGGAAGGGAACCCGGAGAUGCCUGGGACUCUGGAGGAGCCAGGAGAAGCUGCUCUAAACUGUGGCCUUCUGCAGCCUGAGUGCUGCUCUGCCCAGGGGCAGGAAGCAUCCACCUCCACUCCAGGUGAGCCCCAUCAAGCUGAGCAACUCUCUGCUGGCUGCUGGGGGGCCUCAAUGCCUUCAGGAGAGCUGGGUGGAACCCCCAGGAGCACUUUGGGCGUUUCUACACACCAGGCCAUCCCUGACCCAGAGGGGCUGCUGCUGGCCGGGCCACCACCAGAGGCUGCAUCUGACAGUCCUUACCUGUACAUUGAGGGGGUGGCCAGGAAAAGUGCAGAGAGCGGUGGGGGAAAUGCUGCUUCGCCACCAUGCCCCCAGGCUCCUGGGGAAAGCCCUUGUCCCAUGGGAGAGCCCCUGUUCGCCUUGGAAAAUGCUGCCUCCACCAAGCCGUCUGCUGGCUGCCUGGCCUCCCCCUUGCAGCUGGGAGCUGAAGCUGGGGAACUCUUGGCAGAGCCAGCCAACAGGGUACACAGCCAUGGAAGCCCCGAAGCCAGGCCCGGGGAGGGACCUGUGGACUCCGUGCCCUACCUGGACAGGAUGCUGAGGACAGGGGAGGAGACAGCAGCCACAGCCCCUGGAGCAGCUGCUGAGCCUGGGGAGGUUCCAGAGAGCCCUGUCCAUGAGGAGGGCAGGGCAGGUGAGCCAGCAAGGGAGAAGAAAAGUAGCAGUGAGGGGGUGCCAGGACCCCCCGAGAGGCCAAGGUGGGGAGCAUCAGGGAGCUCGGACACCAACACCAAGCAGACGGCCCUGAUUGCUGGGCUCCCGGAUUUCAGGGAACACAUCACCAAGAUCUUUGGGAAGUCUGUGCUGGGGAUCCUGGCCGCCAACCGGCCCCUGACUGCACCAGGGGCAAAGGCAGGUGCUGGGGGCAGUGUGGUGGGCAAGGACCUCGCCCCACCACUGAGCCCAGAGAAGCUUCUACAUUGGACUCAAGGCAUGGCUGUCACCCCUCUCCCCGUACCUCAGGCCUCACUCCAAGUGGACUCAAAGGAGCAGAAGCAAGAGUUGGCUUCCAAGGCCGUAACUUCCCAUCUGGUUUUCCAGGACACCACCCCAGGAAAGCUGCUGGGUCUGGAGAGGCCCGCCACAGAGCAGAACCUUCCAAAUGCCAGUGCAGAAAAGGAAAUGAGUGGUGCCCCACAGACAGCGUGUGAAACUGAGAUGUCAGAGGCAGCUAGGGAAGUGGGUCCUAGGCCUGGAGGCAAGUCCCACGCGAAGCAGGGAGGGGGCGGGCAGAGACUGGCUUCUCAGGAGAUUCCUGGGGAAAGAGCUGCUGCCGUCCAGGGGGCUCCCCAGGACUACGGAGAAGGGGCCUCAUUUCAUGAUGACAGAGUUCCUUCUGGAGCACAACACCAGGAGGCAUCUGUCUGCAACAGCCUACACCGAGAGGAUGGUGCCUGGGCCUCCGCUGGCACAGGGGGCCCCGGUGACGCCCCAGAAGCUGCCGGUGCCCUGGAAGCAUCUUCUCCACACGGGGAAGUUCUGGUUGUGCCCGAGGCCGGCAGUGAGCCCUGUGCCUCUGACAUAUAUGGGGGUGUGAGGAGGCAGGGAGGUGCUGUAGGGGCCUCAGGAACCCAGGAGGCCCUGGGCUCCAGGAGCGCCCCUGAACCGGCUCGGGAAGUGGCGGACACUCCCCUGGAGCCCAGCACGGCGGCAGGAGCUGCUCAGGAAGCAGAGGGUGACGUCACUUUGAGCACAGCUGAGACAGGGGCACGUGCAUCUGGUGACCUGCCCGGAACAGGUACUACAAGAGUGUUCUUGGGCGAGGCUGGGGACUCUGUGGGGCUGCCAGGGAGCUGCCUGGAUCCAGAUUCCCCGGAGAGGGCUCCCCCAGAGAGGGGUCCGGGGAUGGAGGAUGCAGCCGCCCUGCUCGCAGACAGCCUGGCUGGGUCCCAGCAGGCUGAGCAGCAUCCCGUGCCUGCACCCCCACCUCCUCCUGCCACAGAUGGGAAGGUGUGUGUCUCACCUCCGGAAUCUGACGGAAUUCAGGACCAGAAGCUGCCAAACCUGACUCCUGAAGAGUGCUGCGCUGACAGAAAGAGCCCUGGGCCUGGCCCAUCCCUUUCACAUUCUUGUCCUGAGAAGGAUGCUCCAAGUGUCAUUGGUGAAGCCACUUCAGCUGAGGCCAGAGGUGCGGGAGGAGCAGAAAGGUCAGUGAAAAUAGAUGAGGUCACCCAGCUGGCUGCCCCAGCAGACCUGGGAAACCUACUCUUAGCUGCCUUUGCCCACCACAGUGAAGUCCUUGGCCAGGUUGACCAGGUCUCUACAAGUCUGACAGCCCAGAGGAGUUCUGACUCUGAAGAAGCAUUCGAGACCCCGGAGUCGACGACCCCUGUCAAAGCUCCCCCGGCCCCACCUCCACCUCCCCCUGAAGUCAUCCCGGAAUCAGGGGUCAGCACCCAGCCACUCCCAGAAGAACCAGGAUGUGGCUCUGAGACAGUCCCCAUCUCCGAUGGCCCUCGCAGCGACCCAGUGGAAGGCCACCCUUUCCGUCCCCCAUCACACUCCUUCUCCGCUGUCUUUGAUGAAGACAAGCCAAUCGCCAGCAGCGGCACGUACAACUUAGACUUUGACAACAUCGAGCUGGUGGACAGUUUCCAGACCCUAGAGCCUCGCUGCUCAGACUCUAAGGAUCAGGAAUGCAGAGUGAGUGCGCGGAGGAAGUCCACAGACUCUGUCCCUGUCUCCAAGUCGACGUUGUCCCGCUCACUCAGCCUGCAAGCUGGUGACUUUGAUGGUGCUUCCUGCUCAGGCAGUCCCGAGGCGGUGGCCCUGGCCCCAGAUGCACACAGCACGGGCUCGAGCAGUGCUUCCAGUACCCUUAAACGAACUAAAAAAACCAGGCCGCCUUCCUUAAAAAAGAAACAGACCUCUAAGAAACCCACAGAAACCCCCCCAGUGAAAGAGACACAACAGGAGCCAGCUGAAGAGAGUCCUGCCCUCCGGGAGGAGAAUUCAGCAUCCGAGACAAACACAGAGCCAGCUGAGGCAGAAGGUUCUGGAACGGCCUUAUUGGAGGAGACACCCCUAGAACCUACUGCUUUGCCCGAAGCUGCCUGCCCCUUGGACUCAGAACGUGCAGAGGGGGCCAUCCCCCAAGUGUCUGGAGGCGGGAGAGUACAGAACUCACCCCCCGUUGGAAGGAAAACGUUGCCUCCUGCCACGGUCCCGGAGGCUGUGGAGGUGACCCCAUCAGCCAGUGGGGGACAAGAGGACUCCCCAGCCAGAGGGCUCUCAGUGAGGCUGGAGUUUGACUAUUCUGAGGACAAGGGUAGUUGGGACAACGAGCAGGAAACCCCUCCUCCUACCAAAAAGACAGGCAAAAAGCCAGUUGCCAAAAUGCCCCUAAGGAGGCCAAAGAUGAAAAAAACACCUGAAAAACUGGACAAUACUCCCGCCUCACCUACCAGGUCCCCUGCUGAGCCCAACGACAUCCCCAUUGCUAAAGGCACCUACACCUUUGAUAUUGACAAGUGGGAUGACCCCAAUUUUAACCCUUUUUCUUCCACCUCAAAAAUGCAGGAGUCUCCCAAACUGCCCCAGCAAUCAUACAACUUUGACCCAGACACCUGUGACGAGUCCAUUGACCCCUUUAAGACAUCCUCCAAGACCCCUAGCUCACCUUCUAAAUCCCCAGCCUCCUUUGAGAUCCCAGCCAGUGCCAUGGAUGCCAAUGGAGUGGACGGGGAUGGGCUCAACAAGCCCGCCAAGAAGAAGAAGACGCCCCUCAAGACUGACACAUUUAGGGUGAAAAAGUCGCCAAAACGAUCUCCUCUCUCUGAUCCGCCCUCUCAGGAACCCACUCCAGCAGUGACCCCAGAAAGCCCACCGGUGAUCUCAGCGGUGGUCCAUGCAACCGAUGAAGAAAAGCUGGCGGUCACCAGCCAGAAGUGGGCAUGCAUGACUGUGGACCUGGAAGCCGACAAGCAGGACUACCCACAGCCCUCGGACCUGUCCACUUUCGUCAAUGAGUCCAAGUUCAGUUCACCCACAGAGGAGUUGGAUUACAGAAACUCCUAUGAAAUUGAGUAUAUGGAGAAAAUCGGCACCUCUUUACCUCAUGAUGACGACACCCCGAAGAAGCAGGCUUUGUACCUGAUGUUUGACACUUCUCAGGAGAGCCCCGUCAAGUCUCCUCCCGUCCGGAUGUCAGACUCCCCAACACCGUGUUCAGGGUCAAGUUUUGAGGAGACCGAGGCCCUUAUGAAUGCUGGGGCCAAAAUCCAGCAUCCCAUCCCACGAGGGUUGGCCCCCAACCAAGAGCCACAUUUGCAGGUGCCAGAGAAGUCCACGCAGAAAGAGCUGGAGGCCAUGGCCUUGGGGACUGCUUCAGAUCCAAUUGAAAUUAGAGAGGCUGCUCACCCAACAGAUGUCUCCAUCUCCAAAACAGCCUUGUACUCCCGCAUCGGGACCUCUGAGGUGGAGAAAGCCCCAGGCCUUCUGUACCAGCAGCCCAGCUUGGACUCUGCAUUGCAGAUCGCCAGGGCAGAGAUCAUAACCAAGGAGAGAGAGGUCGCAGAGUGGAAAGAUAAAUAUGAAGAAAGCCGGAGGGAAGUGAUGGAAAUGAGGAAAAUAGUGGCUGAGUAUGAGAAGACCAUCGCUCAGAUGAUAGAGGACGAGCAGCGGGAGAAGUCUGUCUCCCACCACACCGUCCAGCAGCUGGUCAUGGAGAAGGAGCAGGCCCUGGCCGACCUGAACUCCGUGGAGAAAUCGCUGGCCGACCUUUUCAGGAGAUACGAGAAGAUGAAAGAGGUCCUGGAGGGCUUUAGAAAGAAUGAAGAGGUGCUGAAGAAGUGCGCCCAGGAGUACCUGUCCCGAGUGAAGAAAGAGGAGCAGAGGUACCAGGCCCUGAAGGUACACGCAGAGGAGAAACUGGACAGGGCCAAUGCUGAGAUCGCCCAGGUCCGAGGCAAGGCGCAACAGGAGCAGGCUGCCUACCAGGCCAGCCUGCGGAAGGAGCAGCUACGCGUGGAUGCGCUGGAGAGGACGCUGGAGCAGAAGAAUAAAGAGAUAGAAGAACUCACCAAGAUUUGUGACGAGCUGAUUGCCAAAAUGGGGAAAAGCUAACUUUGAACCAAAUGUCUGGACUUGACCGUUGCGUGCAAUAUGACCGUCGGCACACUGCUGUCCUCCCGGAUACAUGGACAGACCUGUUUUGACUUUUUCGUAUGCACUACUGUAUUUGCUCUCUAAAUGACGUUGAUUCGAUUGUAUGCAGUACUAAGGAGACUAUCAGAAUUUCUUGCUAUUGGUUUGCAUUUCCCUAGUAUAAAUUCAUAGCAAGUUGACCUCAGAGUUCCUGUAUCAGGGAGAUUGUCUGAUUCUCUAAUAAAAGACAUAUUGCUGACUUUGGCUUUGCCCUUUGUACCCGAGUUCCCAGGGUGAGCAGCUUUUGGAUUUAAUAUUAUAAACGUGUACAGCUUGCACAGGGACUCUUGCCUUAAGGAGUGUAAACUUGAUCUGCAUUUGCUGAUUUGUUAAAAAAAAAAAAAAAAGAAAAGAAAAUGCAUGUUUCAAAUAAAAUUCUCUAUUGUAAAUAAAUUUUUUUUCCUUUGGAUCUUGGCAAUAAGUGUGGCUAUGGUUUAUUUUCUGGGAAGGGCUGA